UGCUGCACACUGACAGACACACCAAUCACUGUGUCUGUGCGUGUAUAUAUCAUGCACAGUCCAAAGCCACACAUUUCUCUCUCUAUCACCAUCUAUAUAUCAGUUUGUCCAUUCCUCCUCUCUGAUUAGUUAAUUCUUCACCAAGAAAUUACCUUUUCUCUUUGUUUUUGCCGUUCAUCUUGGGUCUUGUCGUCGUAUAAAAGGUACCAAUUCUUGGUGCUGAUCAGACAGGGAAGGGAGGAGCAGUCGUUGUUGUUGUUCAGAGUUCAGAGAGAGCGUCUCUUUGCCCCCCCCCCCCCCCCCCCCCCCCAAGUUGCCGUCCAUGGCCGCCAAGGUGUACAGGCCGGCCGCCGAGGUCAAUCUCGGCCCUGACAGCGACGAGUUCUACAUCAGCCCCAACGUGAAAGCUCCUCGGGUAGCCGGGCUCCUGGUGAAGAUCUUCGUGUGGAUUCUUGAGAUGCCAAUCAUCGGCCCGAUGGUGCUUUACAUCCUGAAGAAGGAUAAUCUCAUCAACAAGCUUGUGCAGGAUGCCGAAAUCCCAGAGCCUCCACUGUUCACUGCAACACACAGCUGGGAAGACAUUCCGGAGCAGAAUGUGUGCCUGACGAAGCCGGACUUGUCGCCACCGGAGCGCGUCCAGGAGGCCAUCAGCUGCCUCCCGGCGAGCCUCGAGUCGACCCUCGCCGGCUCGCCGUCGUCGAGCCUCAAGCGCUGGACGAUCAGGGACUUCAACAGGGCGUACAGCUCAGGGGAGACCACUCCUGUUCAGGUUGCAAAGAGGUUCCUGGAUGCAGUGAGGGAGUGCUCAAGCCCAGGCCUCAGCAUGGCCUUCUUCAUCAGCUACAACCCUGAAGACAUCAUCAGGCAGGCUGAGGAGUCCACCCUGAGAUACCAGAGAGGGACACCACUGUCUGCCAUGGACGGGAUACUGGUCGCCGUCAAGGACGAGAUCGACUGUUUGCACUACCCAACCACAGGCGGGACGCGGUGGCUGGGGCGCGCGCGGCCGUGCGUCGCGGACGCGGCGGUGGUGGCGCAGCUGCGCGCGUGCGGCGCGGUGCUCGCCGGCAAGACCAACAUGCACGAGAUCGGCGCCGGCACCAGCGGCAUCAACCCGCACCACGGCUCCACCAGGAACCCCUACAACCCCGGCAGGGUCUCCGGCGGCUCCUCCAGCGGCUCCGCCGCCGCCGUCUGCGCCGGCCUCUGCCCCGUCGCCCUCGGCGUCGACGGAGGAGGAUCUGUCCGUAUGCCGGCGGCGCUGUGCGGCGUGGUGGGCUUCAAGCCGACGGCGGGCCGGCUGUCGAACGCCGGAGUUCUCCCGCUGAACUGGACGGUCGGAAUGCCGGGGAUCCUGGCUGGCACGGUCGAGGAUGCCGCAGUCGCAUAUUCAGCAAUCGUUGAUCAGUCUCAGCCUUCUUACUUGCGGCCUGAGCUGAAUCUGCCCUUGCUGAAGUCUUCACUCUCCAUCAAGAACAUCAAGCUUGCAAAAUAUGCAAAGUGGUUUAAUGACAGUGCAGAGGAAAUCAGGAGCUGCUGUGACAAAGCUCUUCAGACUCUGCAUGCACACUAUGGUUGGGAGACUCUGGAUGUGACCAUACCGGAGAUCGAGGAGAUGCGCCUUGCGCACUAUGUGACAAUCGGUUCAGAGUGUACAGCUUCCCUUGCUAAAUAUCUCGAUAAACUGAGAAGAUCUGAAAUCGGUUGGGAUGUAAGGGUAGCACUGAGCGUGUAUGGUUCCUUCAGCAGUAGAGCUUAUCUGAAUUCACAACGACUUCGGAAUCGUCAGAUGUACUUCCACAAGGAGAUAUUCAAGUCAGCAGAUGUGAUUGUCUCACCAAUGACCGGUGUGACUGCCUACAAGCUGCAAAAUGACGCGCUCGAAAGCGGAGAACUCGACUACAUAAACGGAGCCGCGCUGGUCAGGUACUCGAUUGCAGGAAACUUCCUCGGUUUGCCGGCCAUUACUGUCAUGGUUGGGUAUGACAGAGCCGGGUUGCCGAUUGGUCUCCAGUUCAUCGGCAGGCCGUGGUCAGAAGCGACUCUGCUCCACAUAGCAUUCGCAAUGCAGGAGGCAUGCAAGAAGAACUACAUGAAGCCUACAGUAUUCUAUGAUCUCCUCAAGAAAGAGUAGCCCGCGUAUGUAUAUAUCUAUCAGAAUUCAGAAAGUUCAGCUCGUUGAUUCGAUCAAGUCUCCGAAAUUGAAGAGAAUCAAUUUUCAGUUCGCGGAAGAAUUCCCAACGACACAAAUUGUUGGUAGCGUAUAUGAUCAGAAGGAAGAGAGCAAAAUUAGAUCCAAGUGCAGACACUGAUGAUUAGUGGGAACAAAAAAAUGAGUUAAAUGCAUGCAUUAUAUGAGCAAAUACUUUCUGUACGAUAGAUGCAAAUAUAUAUAUGAAAAUUCGUCUAGUGUACUUAGCA